UGUUUUCUUAAAACCAAACCAUUACAAACACUCUCUCAUCUUCAACCCUCUUUCUUCUUUCAUCAUAUUUGGUUUUGUUUUCCUCUUCCAAGCUUUGGUUUUUACUGUCUUUUGGCAUAACCCUAGCUAGCUUCUUCCCUUUCCUUUGUUUGACAAAUCGUCUUCGUCGUCGUCGUCGUCGUCAUCGUCGUCCCACUGUUUGUUUGUAAAAAAGAGAGAAAAAAAACACAAGAUCCUUGGUUUUUUCUUGUUUGUUCUUGUCUAAACCAAUACCCCAAAAAGGAAAUCAUGUCAAGUAAUCCUUUUUCUCUUCUCUCUUCCACUACCACUCCCUUUGCUCCACACCAAGAUGCUAACCCUAAAUCGAAACCCUCGACCGCAACGAAGAAGAAACGCAACCUCCCGGGAACCCCAGAUCCAGAUGCUGAGGUUAUUGCUUUGUCGCCGAAAUCGCUUAUGGCGACGAAUAGAUUCGUAUGCGAAAUUUGCAACAAGGGCUUUCAAAGAGAUCAGAAUCUACAACUUCACCGACGAGGGCAUAACCUUCCGUGGAAGCUACGACAGCGGACAAACAAGGAGAUGAUCAAGAAGAAGGUGUAUAUUUGCCCGGAGAAGACGUGUGUACAUCAUGAUCCAUCGCGAGCCCUCGGUGACUUGACCGGGAUAAAGAAACAUUUCAGUAGGAAACACGGCGAGAAGAAGUGGAAAUGUGAUAAGUGUUCUAAGAAAUACGCGGUUCAAUCCGAUUGGAAAGCUCACUCCAAAACUUGUGGGACUCGAGAAUAUAAGUGCGAUUGUGGAACUCUUUUUUCCCGGAAAGACAGCUUCAUAACCCACAGAGCAUUUUGUGAUGCUUUAGCUGAAGAAAGUGCAAGAAUCACAACAAUUUCAGCAACAAAUAUUCUCAAUAAUUUAAGAAAUGAUUCAAUUGUUCUUCAUCAACAAGAACAAAACAACCUUGAAUCUCUUGGAGAUGUUCCUGGGCUUUCCCAAUUCAGUAAUUCAGAUAAUUUCUUGAGAGAUUUUGAAGAACACCAACACAAGAACAGAUCUCCAUUGUCCCUUUGGUUAAACCAAGCUUCUGUUGAUAAUGCAAUCAACAACAACAACAACAUUUCCCACUUUUUUGGAGCUUCUUCUUCCUCCUCCAAUCUUUUCGGAUCGAUGACCGAAAGCGGGCUUUCAGUAUUGCCGCUGAUUGAGAAGGAAGACGUUGACAAUAAGGGAAGUUUGUCGAAGGCUACGGCAGCCGCCGCGUUAUUAGGUCAAUCUUCUCAGUCGUUCGUUUCGUCUUCUCCGAUGUCAGCCACCGCCCUUCUACAAAAAGCUGCUCUUAUGGGCUCUACUAGAAGCAGCAACAAUAAUAAUUCUCCGCUCUUUGGAGCUGGCGCGUUCGGAGUAAUGAGCUCGUCGUCUUCGUCAUUGAACUCGUUUAAUAAAUCUAGAAGCCCGACGAUGGCCGACUCGGUGCAGAUGGUUGGUAACAACUCCGACUUGAGCUCGGAUUGCCUCAACCAACUUCUACUACCACCAAAUGAUACUAACAAAAUGAGAAGUAGCGGUCAAACGAGGGAUUUCCUCGGUGUCGGAGGAGGAGAACCGCCUCGGCCACCGUUCCUCCCACCGGAGCUUGCAAAAUUCGCCGCCAUAAACUCAACAAUGGGACUAAGCCAAUUCAACCACUAAAACCCC